GAACGCAGGACGAGUACGCGUAGAGUAUAUUUUAAUGAAAGAUCAAAGCGAGACAAAGAAGAAUUACAUGUUUAUGUGAAAAAAUCAAGAAUUCAUCGCUGAAAGUAUUAGUAUCGCGUCGGACACGGUUAACUGGUUAACCCUUUGCACUCGGCAGUUUUUCACUAGAAAUGCUCGACAUUUUCCGAUGAGAUAGACGACACUAUUUGACACGAAGUAACGAGAGAACACGUACAUUAAGAAACAAAGCUAUUUUAUGGAAAUGUUUCGCGAAUCGAUGCAUUAUAGGGUACUUAAUAUUCUACAUAACAGUUUGUAAUUCGUUAUACCGAAUGAAAUGACCGAGUCAGCUCUCGAGUGCGAAGUGUUGAAAAGUAAAAUGUGUUAAAUGAAAAAUUUUAGCAAAGUUUCAACUUCGCUGAACAGAGUCUAGUCGUUUCUGCUGUUAAACGUCUCAUUCGUACCGCACGUUUUAAUUGUUCUCUGUGUUAAUAGUCGAUCGUUAAACGACUCGCCUUGACCUUAUAUAAACGAGUACAAAAAUCCGGCAACCAGGAAGUAGACACCGGUCGUAAUCCGUGGCAACUAUUAAUUUAAUUAUACAAGCAAUUUAGAUUUCGCUGGGAUCCUCGUUAAGAGACCGGGGUGAUCGUCGAUACGGGUUUGACUUAUGUAAACAAGCUGAGAGUGCUUAUAAAAGGCCGUAGAUUGAAUGGAGCUGGAUAUUUACGUGAAAUUUAGGAGUUUUUAGACUCGAUGUCGGAGAGCAAGAGAAGCUUCGCGAAGAACACGGAAUGAAGAGUGCGCAGCGAAUAAAUACAUUCAGAGAAACAUAUAUAUAUAUAUAUAUAUAUAUGUGAACAUAAAGAGACAGAGAGAAAAAGUCUGGCCGUCGCUGCCCUGAUACACCAGCACCGGCCAAGUUCAAGUGCGGUUGUCUGAUAGGAUCUGCCGGCAAACUUCGAAAGUCCGGCAAAAACCGAAGCAAUUUGGUGGGGAGUGUGGCAGCUGUGGCCCGGUGGACGGUAUAUAAGCCUGACCGGGCAAACGUUUAGCAUCAUCAGUCGCUCAGUCGAUCCAAACCAACCAAAUCUCCUCAACAAUGGCAUUCAAGUUCGUCGCUUUCGCCACCCUCCUGGCCGCCGCCAACGCCGGCCUGAUCCCCACGGCUCAGCUGUCGUACGCGCAGCCUGCUCCUCUGGCGUACGCCGCGGCGGCGCCGUUGGCUGUGGCCCCCGUAGCCAAGGCGGUCGCCGUGGCCCCCGUGGCUAAGACGGUGGACGCCGACUACGACCCUCAUCCCCAGUACAGCUACGCCUACGACGUCCACGACAGCCUGACCGGCGACGCCAAGAGCCAACAGGAGACUCGCGACGGAGACGUGGUCCAAGGCAGCUACUCCCUGUUGGAGUCUGAUGGAACCAGGCGCACCGUCGACUACACCGCUGACCCAGUCAACGGAUUCAACGCCGUAGUCCGCAAGGAACCCGCCGCGGUCGCCGUGAAAGCCGUGGCCGCUGCCCUCUACGCCGCCUCGGCUCCAGUUCUGGCCGCCCCCAUCGCCAAGGUCGCCGCUCCGCUCGCCCCUCAGUUCGCCACCCACUUCGCACCGGCCCCAGCAGUCUACGCCGCAGCGCCCGCCGCUAAGCUCGCCGUCGCCCACGCCGCUCCGCUCGCCUCGUACGCCGUCGCACCCGCCGCCCACUACGCCGUCGCCCAUGCGCCGGCGGUCGCCUACUCUGCCCACCCGGCGCCCAUCGCGAAAUUCGCAGCCGCCCCCGCACUCGCCUACGCCGCCCACCUCUAAGCAACGACUGCCGCGAAUGAUCAUCGAUGUC